AGCAGAUUGGCAAGGUACAGUAGCCAGCGGCAACAUAGGCAGACUUUACGCAUUCCGUAACAUGGCCGACGAAUGCACAGUGCCACACCUUGGGUCGUGCCCUACUACGUGCCCAUCCACAAGGACCAACAACGCAUGCAUCAAGUUCCCCAACAGAAACGACUGCAAACAGGGAGAAGCAUGCAAACUCAUCGCUGUGAGCGAGAACUGCGGGGUCCAGUAUGCCUGCCAACCGACUGUUGUUAGUGAUCCCGGCACUGACUUCACCUUUACGAUCGGUAUCAACGACCAGCCAAACCGAGCCAUCAUUAGCAACAUCUACGGCUAUACCCUUCCGUCGUCUGUCACGGGUACUGUGACGCUCCAAGGCGUUAAGGAUAUCUCCAGGAAAAAGGUCAUAGUAGACUCGUCCUUCUUGAGCCUUGCCAAGCCUACAUCAUUGUAAGCCAACUCGUCGCCACACGUCCCAUGUGAAUGGUCACUCGUAGCGUGGUGGAUAAUGUGGAGCUGCUCCAGCUGACGUCCUUGCCUGCCAGCGUGACCUCGGUUACGAUCAAAAACAGCGGCGUGGUGGAGCUGGCCAAAGUUCCUCUUGGCCCCGGCGUCACGUCACUCAGCCUCGAGGGCAACAACUCCCCCGUGCCCACCUUUCCCGACCCGAGUUCACAGGAUUACGCCAAGUUCGCUGGCCUAACCCGCCUCGACUUAACCAACUGUCAACUCCCGCAAAUCGCCUGGAUUUUUCCACCCAAACUCGAGCACUUGGUGCUCACGAAAAAUGCCCUCACGCGCAUCCCGCCCACAGUCUUUGGCCUCAAUCUCACAACACUAUCGCUGGGUGAGAACCCGUUGGGAAACAGCGCGAUCUCGUCCGCUGAAUUUGAAGCGUUGAAGCGCAUCAAGCAGCUCACGUUGCCCAGUGGGGCGGUCCCGCCUUGCGAAGCGGGGGCGACUCUGCAGCCCAUCUCCACCAGCGGAAGCCUUUGCGUGACUGUGACUCCCCCUUCGUCCUCCCCUUCCACGGGCAUUAUCGUGGGUCUCACCGUCGGAGGCGCGGUGCUUCUGCUCAUCGUCGGUGUCAUUUUCUACCGCCGGCGAAAGGCCAAGGCGACCACCACGUACCAUCCCUAUGACAACCGUCGGCCCAGCAACCCCCACCGCCGCUCGGACUGCAGCUUCCCGCGGCCACAACACCCCACCGGUCAUAAGUCGGAUCCGCACCGAGGGUCGUCGGCGGAACCCCUGCCUCGGUACACGAGCACCGCCACGGGGGGCAGCAGCAGCAACCCCAACAACAACCCAUUCGGCCCUUUCACCAACGACAAGGACGCGCCGGCCACAUUGGGCAAGUCAUACUUUCACACGGGGACCCCCAACCGCACGAGCACCGUGUCCAUCAGCGACGCGCUCAACCCUGCGAUUCCGAUGCUCGAGGCCGACGAUAUGGUGUACACACGGGUACUGGGGCGCGGGGCCAAGGGCGUCGUGUGGCUCGCCACGUACGCCGGCCAAGCAUGUGCGGUCAAGAAGCUGGCCGAUCUGGCGGCAGAUGCAGACGACGCGCUCCGCAACUUGAUCGUCGAGUCCAACCUGUUGUUUCGACUGCAGCAUCCGCGCAUCAUUGGGCUGUUGGGGGUCGUCGUGCCGACAUCUGACGACAUCGCGCUUGUGAUGGAGUUCAUGGACAAGGGCGACCUCUUCGAGUGCCUCCAGCGCACCAAGCAGCCGACGAACGCGGUCGGGUGGGCUGGCGACAAGGGCACGUACGCGCUGCACGUGGCGGAGGGCCUGGCGUCGCUGCACACGCGGUCGCCGCCCAUCAUCCACCGAGACAUCAAGGCCCGCAACGUGUUGGUGGACUCGGCCAAGGGUGCCAAAAUUUGCGACUUUGGGGAGUCGCGUACCCGCACGUUCGAGGAGACUAUGACGUCCAACGUCGGGACCGCGCGGUGGAUUGCGCCCGAGGUACAGUAUGGAACGGAUAGGAUAAGAUGCUGAACGAAUGAAUUGGAUGCUGUAGGUGCUGAUCAACGAAGAUUACAGCGAAAAAGCCGACAUUUACUCGUUCGGGGUGCUUCUGUCUGAACUGGACACGCACGCUAUUCCGUACUCGGACUCGACGCUCGAGGAGCGUCAGAUCAUGCAGCUGGUCGCCGUGAACCGCCUCCGACCGACGUUUUCCCCCGACUGCCCCGAACAAAUUCAGCACUUGGCGCGCGCGUGCAUGCAGGCGGACCCGAUGCUGCGGCCAGACGCGACGCGGCUUGUCCGAACGAUCAUGACCAUCUUGGGCUCGUUUGUCACGUUGUAAAGAUUAAUGUUGCCACUACUUGUGUAUACAUACUCCUAUCACACGUUAAUAGUACGAAAU